AUGGGUAAGAUCCUGUUGGCGGUUGUAGCGGCCAUUUUCGGCAUAAGUCUCUAUUCUAUUGUGAAUCGAUCUGAGACGAAGAUCAAUUUCCCGAAGAAUGGGUAUUAUGGAGCUGGAAAUCCAAAGCAGGACGACACCAGCAUCAAACCAUUCAAGAUUCAGGUGGCGGACAAGGAAAUUCAAGUAAUAGAUGACUUUUGUUUUGUCCUUUUGUAUGGAAUUACUCCAAGUAGAGUAGAAUGAUAGGUAGAAUCUAGUCAAAGACUACUAGUUAUGACUUCUACGAUUCGAAUUUUCUCUUGAUUCCUUUUUACCUUAUUUUAAAUGGUCUUAAUCAAGUGCACGUCCUUUUUUAUUUAAGGACCUGAAAGAGCGACUGAAGAACGCUCGAAUUGGCCAUGAACAGCUGGAAGAUGUCCCGAACUUUGAAUAUGGCUUUCCUUUGACCACUUUGCAGCAGUGGAGAGAGUACUGGCUCACUAAAUACGACUGGCGGAAGCAUGAGGCGCAGCUGAACGCGUUUCCCCAAUUCACCACUCAGAUCGAAGGCCUGAAGAUUCAUUUCAUCCACGCGAAACCCCCAGCCGGUUACAAAACUGUGGUCCCGUUGCUGUUGGCUCACGGCUGGCCUGGAAAUGUCUACGAGUUCUAUAAGAUCAUUCGCAUGCUGACCGACCCCAAGAAGCACGGACUCGGCGAUCAAGUGGCGUUUGAGGUUGUUGCUCCCUCCAUGCCCGGUUAUGGAUGGUCUGAGGCGAGCCACAAGAAAGGUAAUCCUAUUUUUUUUGAGUUUACUGUUCUUUUCAACAUGCUAUGGUCAAUUUUGUUUUGUUUUAGGGUUGUCCGUGUUUGUCGUUUCCCGGAUCUUCAAGAAACUGAUGACCGACCGUCUGAAGUUCCCCAAAUUCUUGGUUCAGGGUGGUGAUUUGGGCUCUGCAGUGGCAACCACACUUGGAAAGUUUUAUUCCGAAAGUUUGAUCGGCGUUCAUGUCAACAUUGUAAGUUUCGUUCCAAAGAAACGUUCAAAUGAAAGAAGCCUACAAACGCAGCUAAUAACUAAAAUUCCUGUGCGUGUUCAACAAAGACAGGAUUCUUAGAAUAGCACCAUUACAAAAACCCUAUUCCUUCCGGAGUCUCUGUUGAUCAGCUGUCCCUAUUUAGAUGAGUUUCAACAUGUUUUUGGCCAACAUCAAUCCAUCCAAUCUGUUAAAACAGAUCCUUGGAUCUUACUAUCCAUCCCUGCUCUUCGAGGAUCCGCAUUUUUCGGAUUUCUCAUUCAAAAAGGAAGUCUUUUUUACGCUGAAAGAGACGGGAUACAUGCAUAUUCAAGCCACCAAACCGGAUACUGUUGGGGUCAGCUUGAACGACUCUCCCUUGGGCUUGUUGGCGUAUAUCGGAGAGAAGUUCAGCACUUGGACCAACGCCAAGUUUGUUCAAGAAAAGGAUGGAGGAUUGGAGAAGUAAGUUGCCAUAUUUGAAGGAUUAUAAACCCUUGCGAAUUUCCCAAUUUUUUACAAGCUUUUAUGUGCAUUCUCUACAAGAUUGCAUUAGCCGUUUUCAUGAGACCAGUCUGCAACCAUGACUUUCUCUUGCUAGGUGUUAUUACUCUAAACUUUUGUUUAGAUACUUCACCAAGGACGAGGUGCUGACAAUCAUCUCGAUCUACUGGUUCAACCAAAACAUCCUCGCCUCUCAACGACUCUACAAGGAAACAUUCGCGGAUCCGAACUAUUCGGAGAUAAAACAGUACGCUAUUCGUGUUUUAAUGACUUCACCUCCACAAAAAUUCAUGAUAUUCGUAUAUUUUUUCAGCGUGUACUGUUCCGCGCCAACUGGAGUAGCACAGUUGCCUCAUGAACUUAGCCGAGCUCCGAAGGAACUGCUUCGCAGCAGCCUGAAUCUGACCCAUUACACGUAUCUUGAGGACGGCGGACACUUCGCCGCUUUCCAAGUGCCAAAGAUUCUGGCUAGAGACGUUUUUAAAUUUGUGCGUUCCAGGCUGUAG